AUGGGGCAAAACACGUCAACGGCAGUCCUAGAGGCUGUGAACACGAUGACCGGGGGUGCGUUUCCAAUGAAAGAUCCGCUGGACGCUGCCGGCAGUUGCGUCUUCGAUGACAAGGUGAUGGCUGAGAAGCUGCCCGCGGCGAUUUUGAAGCGAUUCCAGGACUGUUUGAUCAGCGGCGAUCCGACCACCGAGGAGGAUCAAAAGAUCAUCGCGGACACGCUCUACGAAUGGGCUCGAGAGCGAGGAGCCAUCGAUUUUGCACAUUGGUUUUUUCCUUUGAGAGGCGGUGGUGGAGCCGUUGGUGGCAUGUUGGGAGCCUUCAAACAGGAUACCCUGCUGGAUUUGGACUUCGCUUCAAAGUAUGUCACGAAGCCGAUGAAGGCGUGCCUCCCUGCUGAGAGACUCUUCCAGGGUGAAACUGAUGGAUCCUCCUUCCCCAACGGUGGUUUGCGCGUGACUCAUUCAGCCGCCGCCUUCACUACUUGGGAUAGGACCUCUGCUCCCUUUGUGUUGAACAAGACCCUGUACAUCCCCUGUGCCUUUGUGACCCACUUUGGAAAAUGCAUCGAUGAAAAGACCCCCUUGCUGCGUUCCAUGGAUGCCGUGAAGGUGCAAGGCCUACGUCUUUUGAAGGCCGUUGGCCUGGGAAAGGAUGCCAACACCAUGCACAGCUACCUUGGAUGGGAACAGGAGUUUUUCGUCAUUGAUGCGGAACAUUACAAAGCCCGACCCGACCUGGUGAACACCGGUCGAAGUCUUUUUGGCAAGUUGCCCACGCGUCACCAACAGGGAGACCUGAACUAUUUCCAGCCCAUUCCAACGUCCGUAGCCACACUCUUGGACCGUGUCCAAGCACUGAUGUUAGAGGUGGGUUGCCCAAUGGCCGUGAAGCACAAUGAGGUGGCGCCCGGGCAGCACGAGAUGUCCCCGGUCUUCCGGACGGCCAACGUCUCCUGCGAUACCAAUGUGCUCUUCAUGGAGGUCAUGAACCGAGAAGCACAGAAGUUGGGCCUGCAGGUCUUGUUCCACGAAAAGCCCUUUGCGGGAAUCAAUGGCAGUGGAAAGCAUGCCAAUUGGUCGGUAGGUACUGACACUGGUUUGAACUUCUUUUAUCUUGGCAAGACAGAAGAGGGUGCCAAGCUCUUUGUUACGGGCAUCGCCUGUUUGUCCUAUGGUCUUGCCCAAUACAAUGAAUUGGUUCGUUGCACCGUGGCCACCGCGGGCAACGACCAUCGCCUGGGGGCGCAAGAAGCCCCACCGGCGAUCAUCUCGCUGUACCCAGGGCAAGGCUUUGAGCAGUACGUGGACAGCAUCAUCGCAGGGGGUGACUUGCUGGGAUACAAAGCAGAGAAGAAAAAACAGCCGACGGGAUGCUCCCAAGCCAUGUUCAUUGAGGCCAAUGUGGAGGAUCGCAACCGCACAGCUCCCUUCCCCUUCUGCGGCAAUCGCUUUGAGUUCCGUGCCGUGGGCUCCUCGCAGAACUGCUGCCUGCCGGUGAUGGUUUGCAACGCCAUCAUGGCUGCUGGCAUGGGAAAACUGGCGGGGAUGAUCGAGGGAGGCAUGAGCCACCGGGAUGCUGUGGCCGCCAUGUACAAGGAAAACAAACACGUGAUUUUUACUGGCAACGGCUACUCUGACGAGUGGAAGCAAGAUGCCGCGAAGAGGGGUUUGCCAAAUCUCAAUACGACACCGAAGGCAUUGGCGACCUGGAACUCGGACAAGAACUCCAAAUUGUUUGAGACUUUGAAAAUCUACACUCCAGAGGAAACAGCAGCAAGGCAAGAAGUCAUGUACGAGAACUACAUCAGCUGUUUAAGCACAGAGGCUGAGACCAUGGUGGACAUGACUGAGACCGGCAUCCUUCCGGCCUGCGCCAGGGACUUGCAGAAGUCGAGUACUGCAAACCAGAAAUACACCGUCCCCAGAAAGGUCGCCUAUGAAGCCAUUGUUGAUGAGCUUGAGAAGCUCAAGAGUUGCUUGGAAUCAAAGCCACAUGGAGAUUUGGUAAAGGAGGCGGAUUAUUUCUGCGACACCGUGAAGCCGUUGAUGGUUUCCCUGAGAAAGGCAGUGGACACGGCUGAGUCGCUCAUGGAGGCUGGCGUAUACCCAUAUCCGACCUAUGAGCAGAUGAUUUACUCUCAUCAUUUUUGA